UGUGACCACUGCCUCCACACCCCUCUGUACUUCUUCCUCCUCAACCGCUCUGUUCUUGACCUUGGCUUCAUUUCCACCAUUGUCCUAAAAGCCAUGGCCAAUUCCCUGUGGAACAGCAGGGCCAUCUCCUACUCAGGAUGUGUUACCCAGCUCUUUCUUUUUUACUUCUUGGCAAUAGCAGAGUAUGCUCUUCUCACAGUCAUGGCCUAUGACCGCUACGUGGCCAUCUGCAAACCCCUGCACUACGGGACCCUCCUGGGCAGCAGAGCUUGUGUCCACAUGGCAGCAGCUGCCUGGAGCAGUGGCUUUCUCACUGGGUUGCUAUACACUGCAAAUACAUUUGUAAUCCCCCUCUGCCAAGGCAAUGCUGUGGACCAGUUCUUCUGUGAAAUCCCCCAGAUCCUCAAGCUCUCCUGCUCACAUUUGUACCUCAGAGAAAUUUGGCUUCUUUUGGUCAGUGUCUCUUUAGCAUUUGGGUGUUUUGUUUUCAUUGUGCUGUCCUAUGUGCAGAUCUUCAGGACUGCACUGAGGAUCCCCUCUGUGCAGGGACAGCACAAAGCCUUUUCCACAUGCCUCCCUCACCUGAUCGUGGUCUCCCUGUUUGUCAGCACUGGCAUAUUCACCUGUCUGAAGCCACCAUCCAUUUCUUCCCCAUCCCUUGACCUGGUGGUGUCAUUUCCGUACUCGGUGGUACCUCCAGCAGUGAACCCCCUCAUCUACAGCACGAGGAACCAGGAACUCAAGGAUGCCCUAUUGAACCUGGAAAAAUGGUUGCUUUUUCACCAGCAUUAA